ACAGACAGCAUAUUCAAGGCAAGGUAUGACGACCAAUGGUCUGCCGCGCCAAGUCAGUGAGUCACACAGAGAUUUACAGAUCGAUAGACAUACAUACAUGUCGAUUGACGACCGAUUGUAUACGUACAUCAGAUUGACUGACAGCCGUAUGUCUCUCAGAAACACACAGGACCGACAAACGAUCAAAGAACAAAGAGGCAGCAUAGCCCCAACACCCUAUGGGCCACAACACCAGCCACAACUUGUCACUCCCCUACGCGAAUGGGGCGAUCAGGUAGUCAAGUCGAUUGCCCUCCCCCCGUGCCAACACUGCUGCCAUCUUCUGCUGCUUGGGCUGUGAGCGCCGUCGUCGCGCUCGCAGCGGCAGCAGCUGCACUAGCGCUCCUCACAGCCUUCCGCCAAUAGAGGAAAUACCAGGUGGCCAGAGCACCCAGCAAAGUGACGGCAAUCCCCCCGCCCAACAAGGCCCAUCGGCGCCAUUCCGGCGUACCCUCAUCGGAACUCCCACUCCCAGCCUGUGCUGUGGGAGCCGCUGAAAUGAAAGACAGACAGCACACACACGUGUCUCUGAAUCAGUCCAUAGAUAAGUGGGUGUGUGUUUGUGUGCUCGACGGACUUACAGGCUCGUGCCUCGUCCGAAAUGCCGUCACCCGGUGCGAUGGUGGGGGUGACGGCAGGAGGGCCUGUGGGUGGCUGCGCGAUCGGCUUAGAGGGAGGGGGGGCUGAGGGGGCAGGGGGGACACUCGGACGGAUCCCCUCCUCUGGCACGACCUCCGUCGGUGGAAGGAACUUCUCCUCCUCCUUUGCGGGAGGAAAAGUGGCCGGGGGAGCGGCUGUGGUUGUGCUCAUUUCGACGCUUUCUUGUGUUGGCUGUGUGGUCUCGAUUGGCGGCUCGGUGGUUGCGCGAAGGCCUGGAGGGGUGGUGAGAGGCGCGCUGGUCUCAUUCGCCUUCAGGAUCUAAUCAACAACAAGAGAAGAGUUUCCUGUCCUCUGCUCUGUGUGUGUUGGGCGGAGGCGGCUCUCUGUUUUCAGCUCUCUCUCUCUUUCUUUCUGUAUGUGUGUGCGUGUGAGUGUCCUUUUCGUCUGCGUACCAAAUCGGGUGGCUGCGUGUCUGUCGGUGGCAGCGUCGGCAGCCUCGGAACGAAUCCCUCGCCAGGAUCCACCACACCAGGAUCGAUAUUCUCCUCAGGAAGCUCCCCUUCCCCGCCCUCCCCACCCUCCCCAGGCCAUCCGGGAGGAUACUGUGUGUCGGUCUCGUUGUUUUCAGCCUCCUUCCAUGUCUCCUCUGGGUCGUAUGUGUUGUCUGGCGGGAUCUCGGGCGCCUUCGUGGGGUCGGCUGGCGACUCGCACACAAAACAGGGGAGCCGGGCGCCGGGCACGCCCCAACACGACUGGGCACCCCACCUACACACACACACACACACACACAGAGAGAGAGAGGCAGAGACACGCAGACAGCCGGAGAGACAUAGAGGCAUUUCACCGAAAGGAAGACGCAGAAGGAGAGCAAUCGGUGUGUGUUGCGAGGUCAUUUGGGAGGGCUUAUUACCCGUCGGUCCGGAUGGUGACGCAUUUCUCCUGUGGGGGCAGGAUCCGCCAGAUGAGGGCCAGCUCCUCGCCCCAAUUGAGAUAAUUCGUCUCGUCCAAAGUGGCAGUGCUGUCCACCCAUCGCCUGAGACACAAACAGAGAGACAGAUAGACAGACAGACACACAGACAGACUGAGAGGGAGAUCAUCUGUCCACGUGUGAAACGAAAUACAUUGCGUGAAUCUUUCCCCCCUCCCUCCCUCUCUGUGUGUGUCUCUCACUGUCAAUCACACUGUCUGUCCCCCUUGUGUGUGUGUGUGUGUGUGUGUGUGUGUGUGGCAUCACUGAGUACCAUCCAGCCUUUGAAAUGGGCAGUCUGUAUUUCCGCAGGCCAAUCCAGCACUCACUGCCCAUCUUCAGCGCCUCCUCCAGCACCACAAAGUUCUCAUAUUCGUCCCGUAUGGUCGCCAGGCUGCUGCCCUUGUCGCCCACGUCCAUGCAGAUCCGAUUGGCCUCGGUCCAGGUUUUGCCGCCCAGUAGCCCCAGUGGGUCGCGGUCGCCCAUUUGGUAGAAGAAUGACUUGUAGCAUCCCUCUCCUGCCUGGGUCCAGGAGGUGUCGGGGCAGCCAAACACUGCUGCAUGCGACGACAAACCGGAGAGGCAAAAAGAAAAGUGUGUGUAGAUGGGUGCCAGAGAGAUGGGCGGUAGAGGAAAGGCCCCACGAGGGCCAAUCGCAUAGCAAUACGCACACAGUGGUGUUUUCUCACCAUGAGGGCCUCUCCAUAUGGACACGAGGAGCACCACAGCCGUCAGCUGCACUACCGACAUCGAGAGGAAAGGAGCAGAAGG